AUGCGGUGGUCAAUAUGCAUCGCCCUCAUUCUUUUCAGCUUCUACUGCGGGGAGGCAUUGGCUGCUCCAGCCGUCGAACACGAGCGUCGGACCGUCGCGACUCUCGAUAGAGAAGAACCCAGCGCGUCAGCAACAGAAACCGCAACUACUGCAACGAACAAUGACUCGUCUCAAACAUCCACUGCAACUACGACAGACGCAAAGUCAGCUACGAAAACAACAGCCGCGACCACCCGCACGAUUUCCUCAGACGACAGCGAUGCUACGGCUGUCACAACAUCAGUACCAUCUUUGGACACCUCCAACUCGCCGGGUGAAUCAUUGUCUCAAAACUCGAAUAAGUCAACAUAUACCGGGGGUCUGCCCAUUCAACCGGAAAUCUCGCCGGCCUUGGGCGUGGGUGGCUUUAUACUCUUGGUAUCUGGCGCGGCGCUGGCUCUUAUUGGCAUUCGGAAACGAUGGCUGUAUAUUUCCUUCUCGACAGCAUUUUGCGCGGCAUUGGGCGUGACGGUCUUGAUUGAAUACGUGAUGAAUCCACCCGUGACAAACGCGGUUCAAGGUGGAUACCUGGUGGCUGUUGUUAUAACCGGGGCUGUCUUCGGUGGACUGGCACUGGUAUUCAAGGAAAUCACCGAAGGACUUUGUUGUCUUCUUGGUGGCUUCUGCAUCGGCAUGUGGCUGAUGACCGUGAAAGCUGGGGGCCUUGUCACCGAAAGCGGCGCGAAGGUCGGAGUUAUUAUUGCCUUUGCUGUCGGCUUUUAUUGUUUGUCCUUCAGCCACUAUACUCGAUCCUAUGGGUCGAUGGUGUGCACGUCUUUUGCAGGCGCGACGGCAUUGGUCCUUGGUAUCGAUUGUUUUAGCCGGGCUGGCUUGAAGGAGUUCUGGCUCUACAUCUGGGGACUCAAUGAUAACAUGUUCCCGUUGGGAACGAAUACCUACCCCGUCACCCGCAACAUUCGCGUCGAGCUGGCCAUCACCAUUAUUAUGGCGGUCUUCGGAGUCAUCGCACAAAUGCGUCUGUGGAAAGUGAUCAAAGAGCGCCGCGCCAACGAGGAAAGUUCUCGCAAAGAAGAAGAGCGGAAGAAGGAAGAGACCGAGGCCGAAGUAGGCCGACAAUUAGAGGAGAAGAACCUGCGUGAGCGCGCUGAAUGGGAGCAUAUGUAUGGCAACGGCAGCUCGGCAAAGGAACCCUCCAUGACCGAAACGGUGGUGGUCGAUGAUUCAAGGAGAGGAUCGGACGGCUUCAAGUCAUCGAACAACGAGAAGGGCACUUCCUUUGAAAUGAAGGAGAUGGCCAGCCCGGCACAUGGCGGGACGUCCGAUGCUGGAAAUAAUCUUGAUGCUGUCGAGGAGGUUGUUCGCGAGACUCUGGAGAAUGAGGAAGAUGGAGUUCCACGACAGCAAAGCGAUGGCCAAGAAGAUCAUGAAAAUGCUCACCCGGAUACAAAGGACACAUCGAAAGCCGCGUCACAGUGUGAGGAUGACAUGUCCAGGCCUGCGACUCCACCACCUGAAAAGGCAUUCCACGUCAACACAAACAUGCGUGACGAUGAAUCCGAGAACGGGGCUAUAAUCGGCUCGGAGGCUGGAACACCGCGCUCUAAACGCUUCUCGGGAAGAUCGUUCAGAAAUCGACUAUCAUGGCGCAGUGGAAAUGACGUGAAGACGAACCAUGAGUCGCAUUCUCAAGAAGCGCUCAUUGAGCAUGACGAUGCCACGUCCUCGGUGGCCGGUAUUAUCGAUGAUGUUCAGUCGCUGAGUUCCCGCCGGUAUAGCAUUGAAUCUGGUAUCCACAAUGAUGCAGACAACGCGACGCAGCAAAGUGAGUCGACUGCGAAGAAUUUGCUUAGGGAAAUUGUCCUGGCCGAAGCGAGCGAUAAGAACCUCAGUCCCCAGCCUUCUCAAGCUUCUGAGGCUAUUGUCGAGGAAACUCCAGUUGCUUCACAGGAAAACGAAGAGAAUCAGCAUGUCUCAUCCCAGGAUGACGCCUCGAAACAUCCGGAUCAAACCACUACUUCUGUUGAAAACCCCACAGUCGAGCCAACCAAGAAUUUUAAGGACCAAACGGCGGAGCCCAAGGCACCAGAGCCAGACCAUGACGUUCAGAAAAGCCAACCGGUAACUGAAGUAACUGAACAACCGCAUGUGUCCGCCGAUUCGCCACAGAAAAAUGAAAAACAAGACCAGCAAAUCAGCCCUGACGAGCCCUUGACCGUGGAAAAGGACGCAGAACACGCGGCGGAAGCUGCUGAACCGCAAAUAACCGCGACAGAAACCAAAUCUGAAAUCAAGCCUGUCUCGCAGACCUUCACGGAGAAGACCAUGGAGACCAUAGAGAAGUCCGAUGAGCCCGCAGAGGAGCUUGUGCAAAUCGUCGAAAAGCCUGUCGCGAAGCCGACCAAGAAACUCGUGAAACAGAAGCUUGACAUGUCGACCGUGAAACGAAUUCCCGAGCAAACCUCCAAGGUGGUGCAUACAUUCCGCACUAACGAGUGGGCAAAGCACCUGUCCGACGCCGAAGUCCCGCAACUCGAGCCGCUUGAAUUUGAUUAUGAACAACCUGUCGAUACCCCCGGCUGCGAAGAGGCCGCUGCUCCGGUGAAUGUUGAAGGACUACUUCAAACGCCUCUCAACGCCCAGCCACCCCCAGCGGUAUCCAGCCCCAUGGACACUCCCACCCGCCCGGAGCAAAGCCGUCGUCAAUCGCGCCUCUCGAUGGCCCCAGCCGCCGACCUCCCCCGAACAAAGACUAGGAAUAGCAUGCAAGACAAAACGACGAGGUCACCACCGAUCUCUCGAAAUGUUUCAUCAGCUUCUUUGAGUCCACCCCAGGAGCAUGAUGAUAGCGCUGGUCUCCAAAGUCCCUCGGCGCCAUACUUGACCAUUACUGCUCCAAGUCACGGCCGAGACAGCACCAAUGAACAAACAGACUCACCACGAUGGAGCGGGCCCCCACCUCUUCUUGCCGUCCGCGAGAACAUGGUGCGCAACCGACUCUCAUCAACAUCCCUUCGCUACGACCCCUAUGCCUCCCGCAGCGCAUCUCGCCAAUCCCUCGGCGAACCAACCCGAAUCUCACCAACCUUCUCUAUUCUAGAAGAAAGCGACGAACAACACAUGACCAUGGCAUCCCCCAACCCUCCACUCCACGACGAAGACGACAUGCCCCUCUCCAGACGCCGAACCUUGCUCCAACGGCAAACAAUCGAGUCCCCGUCCGCAGCAAGUCUACAAAGCCUCGAACAACGAGCCCGGUCACCCGGCCCGGAUUCUGGACGAUCCGCUUCCGUCAUGGCGGCAUGGCGUCAAUCCGUCCGAGAAGAUAUCUCGUCACGACGUGGUCCACUCGCGCUCAAUUCUCCGCCCCUUGGAUCGACCAGUCCCGAGAGGCCAAGAAAUCUGUGGGGAUCCGUACAGCAGAUGAAGGAUGCCUCAGCGGCGCAGGUGGGAGAUGCCAUCGCAGAUGGAAUGCAACGAGGCAGUAUGACGGACCUGCAUCGGCAGGCCAUGCGGCGAAUGCAGGCGUCCGCGAACCGCAAGUUGUAG